AUGGAGAAGUACCAUGUCCUGGAAAUGAUCGGCGAAGGCUCCUUUGGGCGCGUGUACAAGGGGCGCCGGAAACACAGCGCCCAGGUGGUGGCCCUGAAGUUCAUCCCCAAGGUGGGUCGGUCUGAGAAGGAGCUGAAGAACCUGCAGCGGGAAAUUGAGAUCAUGAGAGGCCUCCAUCACCCCAACAUCAUCCAGAUGCUUGACAGCUUUGAGACUGACAAGGAGGUGGUGGUGGUGACUGACUAUGCAGAGGGGGAGCUCUUCCAGAUCCUGGAGGACGAUGGGAGUUUGCCUGAGGACCAGGUCCAGACCAUAGCUGCCCAACUGAUCUCUGCUCUCUAUUACCUGCACUCCCACCGCAUCCUGCACCGUGACAUGAAACCCCAGAACAUCCUGCUGGGCAAAGACGGCGUUGUCAAACUCUGUGACUUCGGGUUUGCCCGUGCCAUGAGCAUCCACACCAUGGUGCUGACCUCCAUCAAGGGCACCCCACUGUACAUGUCCCCUGAGCUGGUGGAAGAGCGGCCAUAUGACCACACAGCGGACCUAUGGUCAGUGGGCUGCAUCCUGUACGAGCUGUUUGUUGGCACUCCUCCCUUCUAUACCAGCAGCAUCUUCCAGCUCGUCAGCCUCAUCGUCAAGGACCCUGUCAAAUGGCCGGAGGCCAUAAGCCCAGUCUUCAAGAGCUUCCUGCAGGGACUACUAAUGAAGGACCCCCGCCAGCGCCUGUCGUGGCCAGAACUGCUUUCUCACCCCUUCAUUGCUGGACAUGUUACUGUGAUUGAUGACACAGAAGAGCAUGGGAUCUCAAACCCCUUCACCACCAAGCUGUCCCCAGAGCUGCAGGCCCUGAAGGAGCAGCAAGCCCAUUCCCUGGCGCCCAGGAGUGGCCAGUCCAGGAUCCUGAGAAAGGCUCGGCAGAAGAUGGCUGAGGAGGCACAGAAAAAGGGGCAACUGAAGGCAGAUGAUGCAUCUACGAAGGACUCUGGCAAAGGAUGCCCAGGGCAUAGACCCAGAGCAGCUCUAAGGAAGGCAGCCCUCAGGGAGGGGGAGCCACUGGCUGUCUCCAAAGAGAAGAACCGCAGUGUCUUGCAAGGAAAGAGCAGCAUGGCAGAGUGGGAGUUGGAGGAGCCUCCACCCAACCCACGGGAGCACAGCAUCACUCAAGACUAUGAGCAGGAGUUUCCUGGAGCAGAGGCCUCUCUGCAGCCUGAUGCUGGCAGGGCAGCGCGCUGGGGCAGGCGCAGCAUCGAGACUGUGGACCUGGAGAGUGAGGAGCUGGAGAGCGACGAGGAGUGGCAGCACUUGAUCGAGGCCACCGAGCCCUCGACCAUGCAGCUGAGCACACCACUGAGUCUCCUGAGGGACCCGGCCUUCCUGCACCGUGUCCAGGCCCGUCUGGCAGACUCUGCUCAGCAGGUGCUGGAAGGGAUGCUGGAGGGAGCCUCCCGUCUCCGUCCUGUGCUCCGCGUUGUGGGCAACCUCCUGGCUACCCGGUGUGACUCUGAGCUGCUAGACUGCUUCUGCCGAGAGCUGAAUGUGCCUCUGUCCCUGCUGCAUCUAGCCAAGCAGAUCCUGGAGAGUGGUAGCACCAAGCAGCAGCCCUGGUGUAUCAUGGUGCUGACAGACCUUCUCAUGGUGACCACAGUUUAUUUCAGCAGUGAAUGCAGCCUGGAGGAGAGUGGGCAAAAGGACAGCCUGCAGGCCUUUCGGGAGAGUGCUGGCUGUUUCCUAGCCCUGCUGCCGGAGCUGCUGUCUGAGCCAGCUGACAGCAAGAUGAGACUCUGCCAGCAAAGCCUCCUGUCCUUCACCCUGCUCUGUGAGACCCUGGAUGCGACGUGCCCCUCCAUCUCUGCCCCCUUCUAUGCCAGCCUGCGAGAGAAGCAUCGGCCACUGCUAAAUAGACUCCUGCAGGGAUCCGUCUCAGAGCAGCCUGCUCUGCAAGGUGCAGCGAUGGAGGCCAAGUCAGCCCAUGGCGAGAGCCCACGUGUGGCAGACCUCUUCAUGGCUGCAUUGGCUGCUGCCUGCAGCAUCCCCCUGGAGAGGAACGGCUGUCGGGAAGCCAAGCAGCAGGUCGCUCAGGAGGUAGCUGAAAAGCUUAUGGAAGGAGAGAGCCAGCAGCUUGGGAGGCUGCUGGAGAGGCUGGAGCACCCAAGCUGCUCCUUGAAUGUGCUCAAGAUCCUCUAUGCUGGCUGCCAUGCCAGCCUGAGUCUGUGCGAGCACCUGGGAAAGAGCCAGCGACUGUGGGGUUCCCUCAUGCAGCUCUCAAAGGGCAAGGUCCCCGUGGCGGAGGUGGCCCAGGGGGCAGCCUGUGAGGCGGCUCUGUACCUACUGGGCCUGCUUACUCUGCAGCUCCAGGCUUCCCCUCCCAGGCUUGAGGAGGUGGUUACCCUGGCCAUGGAUCUCAUCACCCAGUCUCCUGUCGUCUCCCUUGUGGGUGCUGCAGCAUUCCUCCUGACACAGCUCAGUCAGCAUGGGGUGACUUUGGAACUUGGGGGAGAAGAGAUCCUACCAGUGGUGACAAAUGCACUGACAACACCUGCUGAGCUGCAUCUCCCCCCGCCAAUGGGUGCUGGUCUCUAUGAUGGGAUCUUUUUCCUCCUGCUGAGGCUCCUUGCCCAGGAGGAUGUGGCUGUGGAGCAGGGCUGUGCUGCCUCAGCUCAUUGUGUUGCUGCGGUGCUUCGCGUGGGCAAUGACAGGGCAGUGCUGGAGGGAGACACCCCAGGGGCAGACCACCCCACGGCAGAACCAGACUGGAACCUCCUCUCCCCUCAAGGCACCCUGCUCUUCCUCAGCCUGGCCCUCUUCGUCUUCACUCGUGAGUCCCACCAGUGCCUACCUCAGCUUGCUCAAUCCCACGGUGUCCUCAUGGUGACGCUGAAGAGGCUGCUGUCCCUUGGCUUCCUGGCAUGCCUGGCACAGAUGCAAGCAGGAGAGGACGGGGACCCUGAGCUUGUCCCAGCUGUGGUGAUCCAGGCCUGCCAGCUCUUCUGUUUCCCUUUUGCCCUGGAUGUGGAUGGAGACACCUUGGCAUUGGUCAUGGAGGCUGUGAGAGAUGCCCAGAUCCCUGCCCAGCUGCUGCAGGUCUGCUCUCACCAUCUGCCCUUCUCAUACACCGAGCUCCCCAUGAGCCUCUUGUGCCACCUCGUUGUGUCUGAUGAGCAGGUCAUAGACCAAAUGGUGAGGACAGCCACUGCCUCGGAGCACAUCAUUGUCUUCUUGUCAUCGGCCUUGUUUUCAGACAGCCUCACGCUUACAACUGACCUCUUGUCUCUCUUGACCCACGUGGCUCGGGUCUGUCCGGAGCACCUGCCCUUUCUCCAGAGGAUCCUGAGGGGCUCAGAUGUGGCUGACCAGCCGCUGACCCGCCUGCUUGGCCACCAGCAGCACCUGAUACGGGCCAAAACCUGCAACCUUCUGGGCAACCUGCUCCGACACGGCCACAGUUUUCCCCAGGUGCUGCAGAGCCAGCCGGGCUGGCUGGAGGGGCUGCUGGGGCCAGCAAAGAUGCUGCUGUAG